AGCCGCGCGCUGCUCAAAGCCGCGGGGAUUGUGAAAGUGGGGUCAAAACCCAGUCUAUCGGGCAGAGAUGAGCAAGAACAAGCGCAUCCUCGCCCUUUUUGAUGUGGACGGGACACUGACGGAGCCACGGAAAUUGGUGUCCCCGGAGACGCUGACUUAUCUGCAGGAGCUGCGGACAAAGAUCUGCAUCGGCGUCGUGGGGGGCUCCGAUCUUGUGAAGCAAAAGGAGCAGCUCGGCGACAGCCCAGCUCUGUUUGACUACGCCUUCUCUGAGAAUGGCCUGCUAGCGUUUAAGGACGGCCAGAAGAUCGGCGAGACAUCCAUCAAGGAUCAUCUCGGCGAGGAGAAGCUGAAGAAGCUGAUCAACUGGGUGCUGAGAUACUUCGCGGACCUAGACAUUCCGGUGAAGCGCGGCACCUUUGUGGAGUUCCGACAGGGUAUGAUGAACCUCUCCCCCAUUGGCCGAAACUGCAGCCGGGAAGAGCGCAACGAGUUCGAGAAGUUCGACCUGGCCAAUGGCAUUAGGAAGACCAUGGUCAAGAAGAUGACCGAGGAGUUUGCAGACCUCGGCCUCACUUACUCCAUAGGCGGCCAGAUCUCCUUCGACGUUUUCCCGACUGGCUGGGACAAGACCUACUGCCUGCGGUACCUCCCGGAGGCCGAGUUCGAUGAGAUCCAUUUCUUCGGCGACAAGACGUUCGAAGGCGGAAACGACUUUGAGAUCUACUCGCACCCCAGGACGAAGGGGCACAGUAUUGAGGAUGCGAACCCAUUGACGACUCUGAAGAAGCUGGAAGAGCUCUUCGGGGUGCCAGCGCCCAAAUCGCUGACGCCACCCAGUGCUCACUGAGCCGAUGGCGCGCUGGAAAAAUGUGGGC